CUAAAUGUAGUGUUGGCAUUCAGAACCACGCAACGUUGCACGAGUCGAGUUGUGUGAGUGUGUGAGUUUCUGUGUGUGCCUGUGUGCGUGAGAGCAUACAUAUGUGAAGUUUAUAAAGAAGCGUAGUUUUGUGGAGGCGCAUUUUACGUGCGGAGCAUACAAAAUAUUCGUAGGCGUUGGAGCUUCGUCAGCAGCGGGAGUAGAAGCAUAAAAUCGAUUCCAAGUGCAUACAUCAUACAUAUGUAUGUGUAUAUAUGUGUGUGUGUGUGUGUUUAUUGCAUAUGUAAGAAGAAGAGGCUCACGCGCUUCUUUUUUCCCUGCGAAAGCUAAAAAAUCAUUUAAUUGAGAAAUACAAUAUACAAAAGAUGUUUUACCUUGUGGCGUGUUUCUGAUAUUUCGUGACUUUGUAACUUGAAAUCAGUGACUGCGACGUCGACAAAAGAGAGUGAUAGAGAGAGAGAGUGUGAAACGCAACUGAGACGUGGCAGCGGUAAAAGAAGAAGCUUUAAGGUAAAAUUUGAUAAAAGUUCAAUUUGAGAUUUGUUGCCUGCCGCUUAAGCGGACUGGCUGCGUCCAUAUCCAAAUGCAUAGACAACAACCAGGAGAGGGACAACAAGAAGAACAACAUAUGUUGCAUAUACGAGCAGAAGAAGAAACGCUGCAGUCGAAUUACAGUUACCAGUUAAGAGCACGACCGUUUGUUGCCUACUACAUACGCUCGUAGAGGGAGAGCGAAUCCUGAUCUGAUCCACUUCAACAUAUUAAGUAGAGCACACCAAAACAAACAAAAUAACAACAGAAAAGACAAAAACAAGAGAAAUCAAACAAAUAAGAGAAAGAGGAGAGAGAGAGAGCAGUCAAUCAACUCAAAAUCCCACUCCAAGCAUGAUGAAACGCACUCGCAUUGAUGAAGUCCAAUUUGGGACGCGCACCGGUCCCGGACCGGGUGGAGGUGUUGGCGGGGUUGGAGGCGUAUCAGGUGCAAAUAGCGGGACAACCAGUGUGGGUGUUAACACAGCUGGUGGAGUAGGAGGAGGCGGCGUUACCAUUGGCACAGUGGUACCAAAUGCCCACAGCGCCACAAUUAGUGGCAUUGGAUCCAUACAUCAUCGGAUAUUGACGCCACAACAUGGCGGGGCGCAGACCAUUGCCUAUUUGCCGUCCACAACGCCGACGGGGGCAACGAAUCUGAAAACAACGAGCAGCAUUGUCGACAGCAGCGUCAGCACUGGCGCCCAAACCAACGCUGUCGGUGGCGUUGUCGUCUCCACAGGCAGCGCUGCCACACAAACCUUGCAGUAUACCACAUCUUAUAGUGUCGCUUCCAUCCAAGCGGGUGGCACUCUCAAGGCCACACUAGCCGACGGCAAUGCGGUGCCGCUGCACGUCACUGGAGGAGGAGGAGGAGCCACUGCAGCUGGAGCUGGAGGUGGAUCCCAGACAGUGUCGAGCAGUUGCCAGACGGGCACGUUGCGGCAACGCACAAUUAGUGGCACCCAAACCCAGAAUGCCACCAGUGGCAGUCUGACCACAACAGCACAGCAAACGCAACCACCGACACAGCAAACACCGCCGAAUGGACCAGUUGGUGGUGCAAUUGGAGCUGCAGCUGGAGCAGGAGCUGGAGGUGGUGCUGGCAACAGUACACCACCGCAGGGACAGUCGGCGGGUGGCGGCGGCAGCGCUGCACCGCGUCUUAAAGUGGAGGACGCGUUGAGCUAUCUGGAUCAGGUUAAAUACCAGUAUGCGGAUCAGCCGCAGAUAUACAACAAUUUCCUGGACAUUAUGAAGGAGUUCAAGUCGCACUGCAUCGACACGCCGGGAGUGAUUGAGCGCGUCUCCACGCUAUUCAAGGGUCAUGCGGAGCUCAUCUAUGGCUUUAACAUGUUUCUGCCGCCCGGCUAUAAGAUUGAAAUGCAACACGAUGCGCUUGGCUUCUCUGUGCCAGUUGUCUCCAUGCCCUCGCCACCUGGUGCACCCACCAGCACCGGCACGGUCCACAUGAUCGCUGCCGCCGGCAACAGUCCGUUGGCGAGCAGCGUGAAUGCGCACACGACACUCAAGCCGUUGACGCAGACGCAGACAGGACCAGGUGGUGCAGGUGCGGGUGGUGCAGCUGCCGCGGCUGCUGCAGCUGUCGCACAAAUUCAAACGGCUGGUGCCGUCAAUUUGAUGACACAUGGUGGCGCCUCGCUCACCCAAACGACAAUUCAUGCCCUGCAACCGGCUGUUGCUGCUGCUCAGUCACCUGGAGGCCAUGUGCAUGUGACAAGCAGCUCAGCAGCACCGCCACCAGUUGCAGGAGGAGUUGGAGUCGGUGUUGGUGUUGGUGUUUCUGUCUCGGCGCAUAAUAUCCCACAGAAUUACUCGAGAGAUCGAGGCGAGCAGCGUGCAACGAUAACACCAACGGGACCUGGUCAAGUAGUGGCUGCAUCUGUGCCGGCGCCAGGUGGUGCCAGCAUUGUGGUUGGCGGUGGGCCACCGACGCCGAAUUCAUUGAGUGAGCUCAGUCCACACGCGGGACCAGCGGCACAGCACAAUUUGCACCACAUCCAGCAGGCACAUCAGUCGCUGCUCCUGGGCGAGGCGACGGGACAACAGAAUCAGCCGGUGGAAUUCAAUCACGCCAUAACCUAUGUGAAUAAAAUCAAGAAUCGUUUCCAAAGCCAGCCGGCCAAGUACAAGAAAUUCCUCGAGAUUCUACAUGCCUAUCAGAAGGAACAGAAGGUGAUGAAGGAGGGCAGCGGUGGUGGCACCACCAUGAAUCAAGGCAAAAUGCUCACCGAGCAGGAGGUCUACACGCAGGUGGCCAAACUCUUUGGCCAGGACGAGGAUCUGUUGCGUGAAUUUGGACAGUUUCUGCCGGAUGCCACCAAUCAUCAGUCGUCAGCUGCCGCUGCUGCUGCCGCCCAAUACAUGUCCAAGUCGGCGCUCCACAACGAUCAUCACAACAAGCAGCAGCAGUCGCAUCAGCAACAGCAGCGCACCACAACAACGGCCACUUUGAGUGGUGGUGCCCACAUCAGCAUGUCAUCUGCCUCGCCGUCGGCAUCGGUGCCCAACAGCAGCUCCCCCCUGCACCUAAACAGCGGGGCAACGAUCUCGCAGAUCGAUAGCAGCAGUGCACAUGCCCAUGCCGCUGCCAUUGGCAACUUGUCGGCGGUCAACACGAGUGUGAGCAUCAAAUCCUGUGCCGUACAGCAGAACCACAUCAUUAGCAGCAGCAGCAGCAUCUUUGAGAAGGAGUAUCAUGGACUGGGGCAACAACAACAACAGCAGCUGCAGCAACAGCAGCAGCAACAUCGUGGAUUGCCGCCACAUCAUCAUUUGUCCGGGGGAACACCUCCUGGUGGUGGAGUGCGUGGCACAGGAGCAGCAGCUGGUGUCAUUGGCGCCGCUGUGAUGGAUCAGCGCAAUAAUCAUCAUGCCCAGAAGUAUGUGGCACAGCAUCCUCAUCAGAAUAUGUCGCAAAAGAAGUCACCCAGCUAUGGUGGCAUCUCGAAUGCCAAUAUGCCGCUUCAUCAUCAUCUCAGCGACAAUUCCCUGGAUCGCAAUUCCCCAAAUAUUGCCAGCUAUGUGACACCACCUCAGCUGCCCGCACAUCCGCACCACAAUGCACACAAUUCGAGCAGCAGCCGGCGGCAAGCGGUGGAUGAAUUGACGGCAGCAUCAAUUGCGGGACCAGGAGCUGGUCCUGGUGCUCUUAGUACAGGCGGACCUCCACCAGCGAAGCGGCCAAAGCCAUAUUGUCGGGAUGUUAGCUUCUCGGAGGCAUCGCGCAAGUGCAGCAUCUCGGAUGCGGCAUUCUUUGACAAGGUGCGCAAGGCGUUACGCAGUCCCGAGGUCUACGACAAUUUCUUGCGCUGCUUAACGCUCUUCAAUCAGGAGAUUGUCUCGAAGACGGAACUUCUCGGCUUGGUAUCGCCGUUCCUGGUCAAGUUUCCCGAUCUGUUGCGUUGGUUCACCGACUUUUUGGGUCCCCCAAUGUCCGGACAGAUUGGUGGCGCAGGUUCAGGAGCCGGUGGCCUAAUCGAUGGCAUGCCCCUGCCUGCCACACAGCGUCAGGGCAGCAACAGCAGCUCCCACGAUCGGGCGAGCAGCCAUCAGAGCACGGAUUAUGUCCAGGAUGUGGACUUAUCACUCUGCAAGCGACUCGGCGCUUCCUAUUGUGCUCUGCCCCAAUCCUCAGUUCCCAAGAAGUGCAGCGGACGCACUGCGCUUUGUCGAGAGGUGCUCAACGAUAAAUGGGUCUCAUUCCCAACGUGGGCCAGUGAAGAUUCAACAUUUGUCACCUCACGAAAGACACAGUUUGAGGAGACCAUCUACAGGAAUAUUCACAGAACGGAGGACGAGCGUUUCGAACUGGAUCUUGUGAUUGAGGUGAACAGUGCCACAAUUCGUGUGCUGGAGAAUGUGCAGAAGAAGAUGUCUCGGAUGUCACCAGAGGAGUUGGCCAAAUACCAUUUGGAUGAUCAUUUGGGUGGCACAUCCCAGACAAUUCAUCAGCGCGCCAUUCAUCGCAUUUACGGCGACAAGUCCGGUGAGAUAAUCCAAGGCAUGAAAAAGAAUCCCUCGGUGGCGGUGCCCAUUGUGCUCAAGCGGCUUAAGGUCAAGGAGGAGGAAUGGCGGGAUGCCCAAAAGAGCUUCAACAAACAAUGGCGCGAACAGAAUGAGAAAUAUUAUCUGAAAUCUUUGGAUCAUCAGGCAAUCAAUUUCAAGCCCAACGAUAUGAAGGCUCUACGCUCCAAGAGUCUCUUUAAUGAGAUUGAAACGCUGUACGAUGAGCGACAUGAUCAGGAGGAUGAUGCCAUGGAGGCGGCCGGGCCGCAUCUAAUCCUGCCAUACAAGGAUAAAACCAUACUGGACGAUGCGGCCAAUCUAUUGAUACAUCAUGUGAAGCGUCAGACUGGCAUCCAGAAGCAGGAGAAGCAGAAAAUCAAACAGAUUAUACGACAGUUUGUGCCUGAUCUUUUCUUUGCGCCCCGACAACCGCUCAGCGACGAUGAACGUGAUGACGCCUUUCAAUUUUUGGUAGAUGACACUAAAAUGGAAGUCGAUUCGCCGAUAAGUCGCGCCCCCAAAGGCGUCGGCACGCCUAGCGAGAGCGCCUCCCCGGCGCGCAGCAAUGCGAGCAGCAGCAGCAGUAGCGGUGGCGCCACCAACAUCAAUGCUGGUGGCAGUAGUGGACCAGCUGUGGCUGCCAUUAAAAAGGAGUCGGAGGAAUCCACGAAAGCGCUGUCAACAUCAACGUCGGCAACGGCAACAACGACAGCAACAACAUUGACCGAUGAUGCAACGCCGUCGACAUCAACAGCAGCAGCUGCAGCAGCUUCAUCAUCAGCUGGCAACAUUGAUGUCAAGGAAAAGUCUGAGUCCGAUGAGGCAGCAACAACAACAGCUACAACAACAACGACAGCUAACGCUGGCAAUAAAACCAACAACAACAACAGCAAUGUCUCGACAACUGGCGCAAGUCCAAGACGAGUCGAUGAUGGAGCAGGAGCGGAAGCAGGAGCAGCGACAACAACAACAACAGCAUCCAGCAGCGAUGUGAAUGUCAAGCAGGAGCAAGGAGACUUUGCGAAUCCUUCGAUGUUGCCAUCGCACGCUCAAGGACAACGUGAGAACGAAUCGUAUUCGCUGUUCUUUGCCAACAACAAUUGGUAUCUGUUCCUGCGCCUGCACGCCAUCCUCUGCGACCGUCUCCACGUGAUGUACGAGCGAGCGCGUCUCCUGGCCAUCGAGGAGGAGCGGUGUCGUGUGAACCGACGGGAAAGUACGGCAACGGCAUUGAGGCUGAAGCCCAAGCCGGAUGUCCAAGUGGAAGACUAUUAUCCGACGUUCCUCGACAUGCUGAAGAAUGUGCUCGAUGGCAACAUGGAUUCGAAUACCUUUGAGGACACGAUGCGUGAAAUGUUUGGCAUCUAUGCCUACAUAUCCUUUACCCUCGAUAAGGUUGUUUCGAAUGCUGUGAGACAGCUGCAAUACUGCGUCACGGAACGGGCCGCCCUCGACUGCGUGGAACUCUUUGCCGGCGAGCAGCGACGUGGCAGCACUGGAGGCUUCUGUCGCGAUGCCCACAAGAGCUACGAGCGGGAGAUGGGCUAUCAGCGGAAGGCCGAGAGCAUUCUCAAUGAGGAGAACUGCUUCAAAGUGUACAUUUAUAAGAUUGAUUGUCGAGUCACCAUCGAACUGCUCGAUUCCGAGCCCGAGGAAGUGGAGAAGCCAGCGGCGUUAAAGGCGCAAAAGUUUAGCAAAUAUGUUGAACGAUUGGCGAAUCCAGCGAUGGGCGCCGGGGGAGGAAACGGAGGCGGAGGAGGUGCCAGCAAUGCUGCCUCUGGCAAUGACAACAACAUGGAUACAACGGACAUCAAGACGGAGGAGGAAGAGGAAAACGCCGAGCUGGUGCGUGGGGCACGUAAAGCGCGCUUUCUGCUGCGCAACAAGCGUCGAUCGCAGCUGCACGAGGAGCAAGUGCGUCAGCUCUUUGAACAGAAACGGAUCUGCGGUGGAAGUGGCAUAGUUGCAACCGAAGCGAAUGCAACUGCAACUCCAGUUGCUGCUGCUGCAACUGCGACUGCGACAGCAACUGACACAACGGCAACUGCCAACAUCAAUAACAAUAAUAACAACAACAACAAUAAUAACAAUAACAACAACAACAGCUGGAAUAAACGUGCCCCAGAGAGAUUGGGUGCACCACAACUGGGACUGGCCGAGCAGUAUGCAUUCAACGAUCGCGACGAGAUCAGCACAAAUGCCAGCAACGGACGCUGCUUUGUGACCAGCAAGAAUCUCAAUCUACUCAAAUACGAUGCAGUGCGUCGUGCCAAGAAGAGUCAUUGCCGUGUCACGCAGGCCAAGUACACGCGGUUUCAGGGCUAUGUCAACAAGUGGCUGCAACAGCACGUCAGCGAGCAGUUGCAACAGCAUUGCAGCGACUGGUUGCUGGGCAAGACGCCGGAGCAGAUCAAUGCCAGCGGCUGGGGAGCCACAAGUAAAACCAAAUCGUUGCAACAGAAGGAUACGUCUAAGACGCCGUAUCGCAUCUACACGCGCUACAAGGUGCAACAAUCGGGCACCAGCAGCAGCAACAGCAACAUCACUGUUGCAACAGGAUCAACGGUUGCAGCAGCAACAACAGUUGCAACAACAGCUACAAUGCCAGCAACAGUUGCAACAGCAACUGCAAUUGUUUCAACCACACACUCAGUUGCCAACAAUACCACCAGCAACAGCAGUAGCAGCAACAACAUCACCAGCAGUGGCAUAAUAAACGCUGACACAACGACAACAGCAACAAGUGCACCACAACAGCAUUGCAACAGCGCUGCAGCAGCGGCUGCUGCUGCCACAGCCGGCAAUACAGAGUCGGGAUUGCAGCAAGUGCGACCAAUGGAAAGCUAACCGACAAUUGCACUUGCCACAAAAAGUGGAGCAGGAACAGGCACAGCUGUUGUUGCCGCAUGGCCAAAUGCAUUCAUGUGAAGAGCCUCACUGUAUUCUUCAAAGUGUUAAUAUAUUUAAAUUGUGAUAGCAGUUCCUGAACAUGUUGCAGACGGGAACGAGGUCAGCAAGCCUUGGCUUUAUCCGGGCUAUUAUUGACUAUUAGCAUAGAUCGAACGCAAUUCAUAAAUUGGCAACACAAAAAACCAACUAGAUUCGGGUUCAGAUUCGGAUCAUCGCGAUAACAAAGCUCUUUUUCACUUUGUACAAAAGUCAUUUAAAUUAUAGGCGUAGUAUUGCUCCUAAUAAGAAAUUUUAUAGGCUUACUACCAACAUCUUAAGUAUCGUUUAAUGUUAGUUUAUUAUUAAACGGCAGCGUUUCUAGUUAAUAAGCAAUUAAUAAACACACACACAUACACUUAGGCAGUCGUUUUGUGUCAAGUUAAUAUCGAGCGCCUGUUUAGCUUUAAGAUUUUAUGAAUACACACACACAACUUUUUAAUUUUACAAACAUUUAACGUAUUUUUAUACAAAACAAACCUUGUACAAUUCCUUGUGAAUACUAUUGAUUAUAUGCCUAAUUAUAAGUUUAUUCUAAGUUGUAAAAAAUCAAAUGAGCUAAUUAAAAAAAAAUCGUAUCAAAAAUGAAA